AUGUCAUCGUUUAUUCUUCAUGGACUGCUCCUCCCACUCCCGGUUGUGCCACCUGCAUUGCACUGCCCCAGUUCUCAUCCCAGUCUUGCCUGCUGUUCUCUCGAUCUCGAGGGAGUCGCGUCACCCGAACGAUUUGUUCGAACCCGGUUAUAUUUCACCAGUGAAAGUCACCUGCACUCGCUGCUCACUUGUCUACGUUAUGGUGAAUUGGCCGAUGUGACUACAGACGAGCAAUGGCGACGUGCAAUGGAUUACGUCUCGUCCAUAUCGGAGAUCAAUUACCUUGCUCAAAUAGUGAUCAUGAUUUAUGAGGAUCCGACAGAGGAACCGAAAACGGAGAAGCGAUUUCAUGUUGAAUUGCACUUCAGUCCGGGUGCAUUUGCUCUGUGUCAUGAUCUACCGGAGGGUAUUGGAUUUCGUCCAGGGAAACUUGAGUUAUGCCUAAGCAUGUCGUUUCACCUGCCCAUCCCUCAUUGCAAUUUGUCCUUAAUCGCUUCUCGGGUGUUGUUCUUCACCCAUCAUCAUCAUGAUCAUCGUUCUUGA